UUCACUAUGGAACACCAAGUCUCGUGCAGCUGGCGAACGUAAUCCUCCAAGCGUUAAAGUUUUGCAAAUAAGUCAGACGUUUUGGACUUUUCAUCAUCAUGUAGCUCAUAUAAAAGUGUUUUCUUGUCGAGCAGCAAGGUUGCGCAACAUUUGCUUUGGCAGCGACGAGCUAUCCCUGCAUUUGUUAUUGGAGCAUUUCACCCCAGACAUCCUUGUUUGGAUCCUAUGCCUCAGUCACGAGUUGCUCAUGAAAAAGGUGUAGUCAUUUCCUUCGCUCCACCACCAGCCCCACUGCAGCCGGGAAUAAGGAAGUCGCAUAUGUGUGCAGAUUUCCAUCCUGCUCUGCGCUUUGCUCCGCGGCCUCUCAGCUGGACAGGCGCACAAAAUGCUCUCCCUGCAGGAGGUGAAGCUGUGCUUGGAGGACGCGGGACAGUCUCACGUCCUGCAGUUUUGGCCAGAGCUGUCCAAGGAGGAGCGGGCUCGGUUUCUGCUGGAGUUGUCCCAGCUGGAUCUGAAGGGAUUACAAGACCACUGUGAUGGUGCUGCAAAGGCUGCAGCCUCACCGUCAACAAAACUGGACGGAAACAUAGAGCCAGUCCUUCCGGAGUUCAUUGGCAGCACUCAGAAGAGUGACACAAACACUCUGGCCAGCUGGGAGAGUGAAGGGAUCUUGCAGAUCUCACAGAAUCGCGUUGGAGUCCUGCUGCUGGCCGGUGGUCAGGGGACCCGUCUUGGUGUGCAGUAUCCUAAAGGGAUGUAUGAUGUCGGGCUCCCGAGCGGCAAAACCUUGUAUCAGAUCCAGGCAGAGCGCAUUCACAAAAUCCAAGAGCUGGCAGACCUAAAGCAUGGCUCCAAAUGCACUGUCCCUUGGUACAUAAUGACCAGUGAGUUCACUCUGGAUCCCACUGAGAAGUUCUUCAAAGAGCAUCACUACUUUGGUCUUGAGCCAUCAAACGUCAUUAUGUUUGAGCAGCGGAUGAUCCCUGCUGUGACCUUCGAUGGAAAGGUCAUCCUGCAGAGCAAAGGGAAGAUAGCGAUGGCCCCAGAUGGAAAUGGUGGUCUGUACCGCGCUCUGGUGGACAACAAGGUGCUGGAGGACAUGGAGAGAAGGGGUGUGGAGUAUCUCCAUGUCUACUGUGUGGACAACAUCCUGGUCAAAAUGGCCGACCCAGUCUUCAUUGGAUUCUGCGUGAGCAAAGGGGCGGAUUGUGGAGCCAAGGUGGUGGAGAAAAGGCACCCCUCAGAGCCGGUGGGUGUGGUUUGCAGGGUGGGCGGGGUCCACCAGGUGGUGGAGUACAGCGAGAUCCAACCGGAGACGGCCAAACUCAGAGGACCCGGGGGAGAGCUGGUCUACAGUGCCGGAAAUAUCUGCAACCACUUCUUCACCAGGGCUUUUCUGCACGAGGUGGCACAGAAGUUUGAGGUCCAGCUGAAGCAACACGUGGCGAUCAAGAAAGUGCCCUUUGUGGACGGCUGUGGCAACCAAGUGAAACCUGACAAGCCCAAUGGCAUCAAGAUGGAGAAAUUUGUUUUUGAUGUCUUUCCAUUCUCCAGGAACUUUGUGGUGUUUGAAGUGGUGAGGGAGGACGAGUUCUCCCCCCUAAAAAAUGCGGAUGGGGCAGCCAUGGACACUCCAACGACGGCCAGAGCCUCCCUGCUGGCCCAACACAGCCGCUGGGCCCGGGCUGCUGGGGCUGCUCUGCUGGACCAGCAUGGAAACACUCUUCCUCCCACAGCCAGGGUGACAGGGGAGAGCAGUCCUUCAGCACAAUGUGAGAUUUCCCCGCUGGUCUCCUACUUUGGAGAGGGCUUGGAGCGGCUGCUGAAAGGGAAGACUUUACCGACUCCCUUCCUUCUGGAUGAGAAAAGGGUGAAGGAGCUGCAGGCCCUGUGAUAGAGCUCUGAUUAUUAAAUAAUAUCUGUGAUGGCAGUGCAUUCAGGGGGCUGGCCCAGGAUGACGGGUUCAUCCCUGGAUAGAUGUCUUUUGGUACUGUCUGCCCAAGAACGAACAAUGUAACGAAAUGUUUCCAGCUGCAUUUAAACUUGAGAUGUGAUAAUUAUGAUAAACUGCCAAUUUCGCGCACCUCAUCAAUUUUGUUGUGGCGGAGCAAUAAAUCUUGUGAUGUGAUCAGUGAGAAACAAAGCAACCAAAUCAGGGACAAGCCAGGAGUUACAGUCAACAUGUGAAUGGAAACACUUCAUAUGCAAUGUGUUGUUUUAUUUCUCAUAAAACCAACCAGGUUUCCCUUCCCUUUUUGUCAUUCACUAAUACCUGUGAUCCCUGUGAAAUCUCUUUGUAGUGGAGCCUAGAUUUUGUUCCCACCAUUUGUUUUUAAAUGUCCCAGGACAACAAUAAUCUGUUUCAUGAUAUUUUUGAAAAAAAAAAAAAAAAAAAGCC